UGGUCAUGGUAAAUCCAAAAAGAAAUCUAAAGAUGAUCGACACCACAAAGGUGGAAAAUCUGAUGAUGCAAAAAAGAAAAAGGCUAAAAUGAAAGAGGAAACUCCACAGGUUCCACAAAGAGAAAUACCCAAAAAAGGUCUGAAGAACAUGUCCAGAAUGUUCAUGAAGUUUUCUGGCUUCAAAAGGCGGAGAAGAAGCGUCAAAAAGCUGAAAAGUACAUCACGUUUGUUCCUUGGCUUGGGGAGAAGAAAGAGCCGUGUUGCUAAAAAGAAACGCCGCAAAUCUGUAAUGAAAAAUGCCUCUCGGUUCAUGAUGAGGUUUAAGUCCAGCCAGAAGAAAAAAAAGGAGAAGGAGGCCAAAGAGAAGGCAGCAGCAGCAAAUGAUGGGAAAAAACCAACGUACAUGUUACUUCGAUUGGGAGGAGGAGGCUCUAAGAAAAAAGGGGGAUUCUUCAAAGGUUUAUUUAAAAGGAAAGAUAGCUCUGGACCUGCUGAUGACUUCAAGAACAGUAGCAUGUUGUUGGGUAAGGUUGCAGCAGUGACUAAUUGGCUGACCAAACGUUUUCUUUCUACUAAAAUGCAAGAACGUCAUGGCUUUGGGCGUCGUAGAUCAAACAUGCAACAGUCCAGCUCCAGARGGUUUCUUCAUGGUUAUCACAACAAUGGCUAUGAGUUUGAGGAGGAUAUGCAUGGAUAUGAUCACAAAGGUUAUGGAGGAUAUGAUGAUGGCUACGGAGGUUAUGGAGUAGAUGGAGCAUAUGGAAGCCAGGGUCAGUUUGGUUACUAUGAAAAUGGGACAGGAGGUGCAGACUAUCAAGAUCUAGGGUACUAUGAGGAAGACGGAUUCUAUGAUCCAAAUCUAGAAUAUUAUGAAGAUGAGUUUUAUGAUCCUAAUAACCCUUACUCUUCUGCCCAGGGGUACUAUGAUAACCAGGAAGCAAAUUAUUUGGGAUACCAGCAACAACAAGCAACGUAUGGUGGUGAGGCUCUGGACUACUAUGCAUCAAUGGGUGAGGGACAGAUGUAUGGAGGUCAGACAGAUGGUUUCCUGGACCCUCGAGGUCAGGUUUAUUAUGAUGAAAAUGCUCAGGGAGUGUACUUCGGAGAGAGUCAGAUGGGUUAUUCUGACAUUGGACAAUUAGGUUAUUAUGAGACUCCUUAUACAGCAACCAUGGGGAUGAAUGGCGGUCUUCCACCAAAUAUUCAGCUUGACUAUAGUGAUGCUGGCAUGUCCUAUCAAGACCUAAACUCCCAGCAAACAAUAGGAUUCCCACCUGGGAGCCAACAGGUCUUUGGGUAUGCAGGGCAAGGACUAGAUCAUGUCGAGGGGCUAAAUGGGAACCAAUAUGCAAAUCUAAUUCAUCAAAGUGGGGAUGCCACUGGUAGAUUUCAGCAAGGAGACAUUACAUUUAGAGUUCCUAGACCUCAAGUGCGCCUAUUUGGGAAAGAGCGUCUAGAUGUUCCUUUACCGCCUCCACCGACAUUACCACCUGAUCCAGAAUUUGAAGACAUGUCAGACAUUCAAUACGAAGACCAGAUUCCUCUUGCACCAUUUUUGCCUGGAGACACAAUGUCGCUCCAGCAGCAAAUGCCAAUGUCACCACAUCAACAAAUGAUGAUGUCUUCACAACCAUCUCCAGUGAUGUCCCCUCAACAACAGUUCAUGUCUACACAUCAGUUGAUGUCAUCACCACAACAAAUGUCAUCACCACAACAAAUGAUGUUUCAACAAGAAAACAAUUUGUCCUCCCAGAUUAUGUCAGCACAGAUGUCAACACAGCAGCAGAUUAUGCCCCAACAAAUUAUGUCCCCAGAGCAGCAAUUUAUGCCCCAGCCAAUGAUGAGCCUAGAGCAGCAAUUCAUGCCCCAGCAAAUGAUGAGCCCAGAGCAGCAAUUUAUGCCUCAACCAAUUAUGAGCCCAGAGCAGCAAUUUAUGCCCCAACCAAUGAUGAGCCCAGAGCAGCAAUUCAUGCCCCAGCAAAUAAUGGCCCCAGAGCAGCAAUUUAUGCCCCAACCAAUGAUAAGCCCAGAGCAGCAAUUGAUGCCCCAGCAAAGGAUGGCCCCAGAGCAGCAGUUUAUGCCCCAUCAAACAAUGACCCCAAAGCAGCAGUUUAUGUCCCAGCAAUUGAUGUCCCCACAGCAGCAGAUGAUGUCAGAGCAACUGUUUCAACAGCAGCAGAUGACGCCACAAACAAUUCCUCCACAGAUUGCAACAAACCCAAUGAUGAUGUCACAACAACAAAAUCCCAAUCUCCCAUCAAUCCCAACACCAACAGCCAUGAUCAUUAAGCAUGCGACCAUGUCCCCCCUUUCUGUACGCCGCGUACAACCUUCUCCAACUCCAUCUCGUCGAUCUGUUAUCUUGCCCUCUCCACAGAUGCAACGCCAUUCCUCCAUCAUUGCUUCACCACAGGCCCCUUCUAUGUUUGCACACAGACGUAGUCCCUCUCCACAGCCUAUGAUGAAUGGGUUUAUUAAUGGCCAAAGGCCUCCAUCUGUUAUUUCUAGACAGAGUUUACCUCCUGUCUCUCCCUUGGCAUCCCCACUUGUCAAUCAACGAAUGCAGCCUCAGAGGUCACUUUCUCCCCUGGCUCGAAGAUCCUCACCACCGCACUCUCCUCGUGCCUCCAUGGUUCGUCGUAGUCCUCCAACCUCACCUAGGGCAUCAAUGAGGCGUGGUUCUCCACCUUCAUCCCCCCGCAUGUCAAUGAGGAUGCGAAGUCCUCAGCCAUCACCAGUUCCUCCCCGAAGUCCAUUUGGAGAGCGAAAGAUGCAAGAAUUCUCUUCUCCUCCCCUCUCCCCUGGUCAUCAGUCGCCACCUCGUUCUCCAAAGCUCAGCAGAAGACCAUCCCCAUCUCCGUCACGUCAAAGUUUAUCCCCUGCAGGGCCUCGGCCUACUCCAUCUUCUCCUACCCUUUCUCGACGCUCAACUCGGCUGUUAAGGGACCCCACACCGCUGGCCAGGCCUAGGAUGGGAGGAAAUGUCCCUUUAGGUACAGUAAGACCCUCCCCCAUGGGUCUCAGAGGGCGACCAGUGCCUCCACCUACCCAGAAUGUGCGUCCGUUUCGUGCAUCCUCUUUAAGAAGUAACAGAUCUUCUGUUCUUACUAUAGACUCUUCCCUCCAUUCCUCUCCUCUCCACUCUCCUCAUAUGGUUCAUCGURCUCCCCUUCAAAGGAGAGAGUCUGGACGACUUCCAUUUCGUCCCAUAGCUAGAGGGCGCCCCCUUAUGGCCCAGCAAUCCAUAAGAAGUAUGCCUUCUGCCUCACCACAGCUCUCCAUUAAACACAUGCCACGCAGUGCAUCUCCACGCCUCUCUCCACGAUUGCAUCGCCACUCGUAUUCCCCAGGUUCACAUGCUGACCCUUACAUUGAACACUCACCUCAGUUUGUUGCACCUUCUUCUCCCAUGUUACCUCGUUCUUUACCUAGUCACAGUAUCCCACCGGAUUCUUUCUCAUCUCCCCUUGGACCAGAGGUAUCCCAAAUGGUAGGCAUGGGUGAGAUGACUGCAGAAUUUGUAGAGCCUGAUGUUUCUUUGUCCCCUGGUCUUAUGCCAAACCAAGCCUAUUCUCCCCCAAUGCAGAGGCCAGUGUCACUUUACCAGCACCCUCUGCCCCCUCCUUCGCCAGUACUUUCUGGAGCUCUCCAAAAUCAGGCAAUGAGAGAAGCAUCCUUUGUUUCUCCACUUCAGAGGCCACAGUCUCCUUAUGCUCAACCUGUACCCUCAUCUCCACUGCUGUCUGGAGCACUGCAAAAUCAGAUGGUGAGAGAUGCAUCCUAUGUAUCUUCACUUCAGAGGCCACAGUCUCCCUAUGCUCAAUCUGUACCCUCAUCUCCAAUGCUUUCUGGAGCAUUGCAAAAUCAGAUGGUGAGAGAUGCAUCCUAUGUAUCUUCACUUCAAAGACCACAGUCUCCUUAUGCCCAAUCUGUACCCUCAUCUCCGAUGCUUUCUGGAGCCAUGAGACAUGGUCAAGCAGUAAGACGUAUGGCUUCUUAUCAAACUCCACAGUUACAUUCACCAUAUGGACCAACUGUCAUUACUCCAUAUGACUACAUCUCAGAGCCUGGCCCAGCACCACUGCUCCACGAUGCUUUGCAAACUCGAACAGAUUUGCAGAACAUGUCUACAUUUAAAUCUCCUAUGAUGCAACGCCGUAAUGUUUAUUCACCAACUAUGCCUCAGCUCCACAGUGCACUCCAGCAGAAUCCUAACCUCCGCCAAGCCUCUUUUCAAACACCUGUGCAACUCAGACAGUCCUUACAGGGACCUCAGUCACCCUCUUCACCAAUAUUGGGAAGUGCCCUUCAAAAUCCGCAAUUGAUGCAGGCAUCAUACCGUCUGCCAGAUGGAACUUUGAUGUCCCCUUAUACCGAUCCACGUUCCUCCCCAAUGCUUGGCCAUGCAUUGCAAAACCAGCAAAUCCGUGGUGCCUCAUAUAUCAUGCCUGAUGGAUCUGUUAUUAGGGACCCUCGUGCACUUCAGAAACCAAUGUCACCCAAUCUCUCUGGAGCUCUUCAAAACCAGUAUCUCAAGUCUGCUUCAUACACGCUUCCUGAUGGUACCAUUAGAGAUCCCAGACAGCAACAUCCUAUUUCCCCAAACCUUGCCAGUGCCUUAAACAACCCUGCUCUACGCCAAGCUUCCUAUUCCCUUCCCGAUGGUACCAUUGUGAUUGAUCCUAAGACAGAAAAAUCCCCCAACCUUGCAGCAGCACUUCAGAAUCCUUACCUGAGGAGUGCCUCUUACACUCUCCCGGAUGGCACUAUCAUUAUCGAUCCAAGGAAAGCUGCCUCUCCAGAUCUGUCUAAUGCCCUUCGAAACUCCUCCCUGAUGAACACCUCCUUCACACUGCCAGAUGGGGUUCGAAACCCCAAUACGCCAGUGUCACCAAAUCUGGCUAAGGCGCUCAGUAACCCAGCCUUGAAAGCAGCUUCAUAUACCCUUCCUGAUGGAACUCUUAUUGUGGACCCAAGGAAACCAAAGAGCCCAAACCUGGUAGCUGCCUUGCAAAAUCCAUAUCUAAAGGGUGUGUCUUACACACUGCCAGAUGGAACCAUCCUUAUUGACCCACGGAAACCAGUUGGUCCGGACCUGUCCAAAGCUCUUUUGAAUCAAAACCUUCGCCAAGCAACGUACCAACUCCCUGAUGGUUCCUUGGUUAUUCCUGGCCAGAGGCCAAACCUGACAUCUGCUCUUAGGCAAAACAGGGGACUUCGUUCUGCAGGUCUCUAUCAUCUCUCAGAAAACUCAGUACUGUCAGGUGCACGCAGACCCAGCAGUCCCACCCUUGUCUCUGCACUGCAGAAUGAAGAACUACGUGGUGUCACUUACAGGCUGCCAGAUGGCUCUCUUCUUACACGACGGUUUCACAACCCAAAAUUGUCCGAUGCCAUCCAAAAUCAGCAUCUUCGUUAUGCCUCCUACACUGUGCCAAUAGGACUCCAGGGGGAGGAUCAUCGCUACGCUGUAAUACCUCCGUAUGGGCCACGAUCUGGCCACUGGGCCAGAAAUGCCCGAGGUGGAGGUGAAGGUGGGGAAGAUGUUUGGUCAGCAGAGAGGAUUUUGCCCCAUGGGACACUUCAAAAUUUGUCAAAGUGGUCUAUGUACAGAGAAGAUGGGAUGUUGGAAGGAUAUUCACCAACUCCUUGGGUUAUCAGUGGGCAGUCUCAGGUCCUGGACUGGACACCUGGCAGGGAUAGAGUACCAGGUCAAAGCUGGUACGACAAGAUCUUCUCUAUUAUAAGCAUGCCCACAACAUGCCACAGGGUUCAACGCUGGGCAGAGGGAAUGGAAGACAUGACACAACUCCCUGAGCUGAAUGAGACCACAGUUCUGAUGAACCUGAAGAAACGCUUUGAUCAUGAACUUGUAUAUACGUAUAUAGGCAGCAUCCUCGUGUCCGUGAACCCCUACAAGUUGCUCAACAUUUAUGGCACAGACAUGGUGCUUCAGUACGAAGGCCACGGUUUGCGCGACAAUCCUCCUCAUCUCUUUGCCAUUGCUAACCUCUCAUAUACAACCAUGAUGGAUGCCAAAAAGGAUCAGUGUAUCGUGAUCAGUGGAGAAAGUGGGUCUGGGAAGACUGAAGCCACUAAACUGAUCCUGCGUUACCUGACAGCCAUACAUCACAAACGCAACAUCACACAACAGAUACAGAUCCUCGAAGCCACACCCCUGCUGGAAUCUUUUGGAAAUGCCAAAACAGUGCGCAAYGACAACUCCUCGCGCUUUGGCAAAUAUACACAGAUCUACAUGGAGGAGGGUGUAAUCAGUGGUGCCAUAACAUCUCAAUACCUGUUGGAGAAAUCCCGCAUUGUCUUCCAGGCCAAAUCAGAGAGAAACUACCAUAUCUUCUAUGAGAUGUUGGCAGGUCUUCCACCUAAUGAGAAGCGCUCGUUGUAUCUGCAGGAGGCUGAGACCUACUACUAUCUAAAUCAGGCUGAGGCCCAGGAGGCUGCAUCGGUGGUGAGCACUCAUGAACUCAGGGUUGUAGCUGAGCUGCUGCAGGUCUCCCCCGAGAGCCUGCAGAAAUCUGUCACUUACAAAAUGACAGAUGCAGCAACGGAGAAGAUCUACACUCCACUGACUGUGGAGAGUGCUUUGGAUGCCAGAGAUGCUGUUGCCAAGAUCCUGUACUCGCUGCUGUUCAGUUGGCUGACAGAGCGCAUCAACGGACGCGUCUACCCUCGCAGCGAAGCCCUCUCUAUCUCCGUGUUGGACAUAUAUGGAUUUGAGGAGCUACAAGUGAACAGUUUUGAGCAGCUGUGCAUCAAYUAUGCGAACGAAACUUUGCAGUUCUACUUUAACAGGGUCAUCUUCCAGGAGGAGCAGGAGGAGUACAUGCGGGAGCAAAUUGGAUGGCAGCCACAGCUCUUCAACAACAACCAGGAGUGUCUGGACCUCAUUGCAGCAAAGCCUCAUGGGAUACUGCGCAUACUGGAUGAUCAGUGUAGCUUCCCCCAGGCAACAGACCACACCUUCUUACAGAAGUGCCACUAUCACCAUGGAAACAACCCGCUGUACGCCAGGCCAAAGAUGCCGCUGCCAGAGUUCACCCUGAAACACUACGCAGGGAAGGUUACUUAUCAGGUACACAAAUUCCUGGAUAAGAACUUUGACAUGGUUCGUCAGGAUGUUUUAGACCUCUUCAUUAAGAGCAAGAACAGGAUGGUCUCGAGCCUUUUCUUGAAGUACUCGGAGUCUUUGUCACAGCAGCGCUCCAAUUUGCAGCGCAGCGGCACGGCUCGGCGUCACCAGGCCAACACCGUCAGCGCGAAGUUUCAGAGCAGUUUGCAAGAGCUUCUGGACAAGAUGGAAAGGUGUAAUCCUUAUUUUGUGCGAUGCAUCAAGCCAAACCAUCUUAAGGAGCCAGCAGUGUUUGACAUGGAGCUGGUCAACACUCAGCUGCACUACUCUGGUAUUAUGGAGACCAUUCGCAUCAGGAAGGAGGGUUAUCCCAUCAGAAUGCAUUUUCACAGCUUCCUAUCAAGAUAUAAAGCCCUGCUCUGCCUGCAAGAUCCUCCACCUGCAGAUGGAGAAAAUUGUGUCGUCAUGCUCCACAAACUCUGCCCAGUGAAGGAAGGCUCAUAUCAGGUGGGAGUCAGCAAGAUUUUCCUGAAAGAGGAGCUGUAUCAGCUGCUGGAAGGGAAGCGCGACCGUGUGUUGGAUAUAGCUGCGAUGACGCUGCAGAGAUUCACUCGCAUGCGUCUCGUCAGGAAGAAGUUUAUCAAAUUCAGGGGUUGUAUAACUUUGUUCGAAGCUCGCUGCAGAGGAUUCCUGGCUAGAAAGAAAUUUGCUUUAAGGCGAAAGUACCUCAUCAGACUCCGUUCUGCCGUGCUGCUAAUUGUCAACCGCCAGCGCUACAUGAGGACAGUGGUGGAGCCUGCGAGGAAGGCGGAGGAGGAUCGCAUCAAUCGGGAGGUUGUGAACGUGACGACGCUGCCCGUUCCCGCUGAGCUGGCCGGUCUGCUGCAGGCUGCAUCAGGUGGUGAAGAGCUGCAUUCUGACUGCCUGGCAGUUGUCCAGGCUCCAACGGUGCAGGUGGACCCUCAGCUGAUUCUGCCCCUGGAUAUCAACAACUACCUCAUGACUCACUACAUCAGGACCUUGUUUAGGGAGCCGUUGUUUGGGAUGCUCACCGCUCCACUGGAAGAAUCUCUAAUUAGACUGGAUGAGGAGCUUAAACAAGGAGCCCUGGAUGUUUUCAUUCUGAUACUCAGGUUCAUGGGAGACCCAAAUUUGAAUGGAGCUCAGGAGAACCUCUUUGGGAACUACAUCAUUCAAAGAGGACUCGCUAAUCCACGCCUCAGAGAUGAAAUCCUGGCCCAGAUAACCAGUCAGGUGUGGAGAAAUCCGAACAUCCUGAAUUCCGAACGUGGCUGGCUUCUUCUCUCCUCCUGCCUUUCGGCCUUCGURCCUUCUCAAAGGCUGGCUAAAUACCUCCUAAAGUUUGUGUCAGACUACGGCCCAGAGGGUUAUGACUGCGUGUGUCAGCACCGGCUGCUUCAGGCUCUGCAGCGCCUCAACAUCGGGCCGGAGUACGUCCGGACAUACCCGCCCUGUCUGCUGGAGUGGACGGCCAAUCGCAAGAGAGCUCACACUGUUCUGCACUUACACUGCUUUGAUGGUGUGUCCUUCCUGUGUCCAUUGCAUUCAUGGACAACGGGAGAAGAGAUCGCCAAAGACGUCUUACAACACAGAGGUGUGGUGGAGUGCCGCAGAGGCUGGUCAGUUCUGCUGAAGGAGCCGGCUCAGUGGGUCGAAUUAGAAGGUUCAGACUUUGUUUUUGACUUGAUGUCAGACCUGGAACUCCCCGCUGAUUUCCCCAAACACAACAGCUACUUCAUCAUCUCUGCUCUGCAGCCAGCCAGAGUGCGGCCCAACGCCAGCAUAAGCCUGUUAGGUGGUGGGUUUAACACAAGCAAUGAUGUCAUCCCUUCAGCCAUACUAGGCUCCGACCCAUUCAGCCAAGAUUUGGAGCCUCAGAGAGGGAUGGAUCGUUAUCUCGACAGCCUGUUUGACCCUGUCCUGUCUGACGGAGCUGGAGAACCAGAAUCAGCUUCGGGACUGUCGAGCAGGAUGAGGGGAGCUGGAGGAGUUGGUGGGAACUGGGAAAAGCAAGAGCGGUCCAGGGGCCACCCACCUCCACCUGGAGGUGUUCUCUCCGUUCAGUCAGGUAAGGACAGCGUCUCUCGUAGAAAAGCUCCAGGAGUCCCCAUUAACAAGGAACCCGUUAGGAAAUAUGACCCAGUGGGGACGACUCCGCUGCCCCCUGCUGGAGAAGUGGUGAAGUACUCAACUUCAGAUCACAUCGUCCCCAGUCAUGACAUCCAAGAAAUCAUCAAGAGGUACAACUCUCCGUCACCACCUGCAGACCAGCUACCAUCUGGCAAGAAGCGACCGGAGGGGAAGUUCAAGAAGAAGACAACACCUCGUGAUGAAGCUUUACAGAUUCUCAGACCGCAGAUGGACAACCCUCCCUCUCCACAGCCCAAACGACUCGUGGCCCCCUCGCCGUCUGCAUCUGCCAUGAAAGAGGUGGGCUUUAAACCCACAAAGAGCACAAAAACUAAAUCACCUGUUCGCCCUCUGCCCAGACAUCCUCCAGUUCCUCGUGAGCUUCCAGUGGAAACUGAGACCAUCCAGACUCAGCUUCAUCAAAGCAGCAACGAGGAGCACUACACCUACACCAACGUUCCCUGGAAGCUGUACCUCAGAAAGGAGGUGUUUUAUCCUAAAGAUAGCUUCAACAAUCCUCUGGUGCUGGAUCUCAUUUUCAAACAGAUAGUGAAUGACACUCUGUCGGAGGCGUGUGUUCGCCUCACCCGAGAUGAAAGGCAGAAAAUGAAGGCCCUCUUUGCUAAGCACGGUGUUGAGCAGAACAUGGAUCCAGUGGAGGAGCACGUAAAGAAAACCAUUGUGACAGCAGCGAGAGAAACCUGGGAAAUAUACUUCUCCAGACUCUUCCCGGCCUCGGGAAGUGUAGGAACAGGUGUGCAGGUGUUGGCCGUGUCCCACAGUGGCAUCAAAUUGCUGAAGACCGUCAAAAGCAGCGCUGCAGCACCUGAUUACUUCAGAGUCCUGCGUCCAUACACUUAUGCCGACAUCCUGUUUGUGACCAUCCCGUCUGAAAACAUGUUGGAGUUCAACCUAACCAACGAGAAGCUGAUCCUGUUCUCAGCCAAGGCCUUACAAGUCAAACACCUCAUAGACACGUUCAUCAGCGAGAUCAAAAAGGACUCAGAUUACGUCGUCGCAGAGCGUAACUUUGUGACARACGACCGCUCAAUGCUCAGUUUCCAUAAGGGUGACAUCAUCAGGCUGCAGGUUAUGGAUGGGCUGGAGAAAGGUUACAGCUACGGUUGUGUGGUGAGAAAGAAGGUUGUGUUUUUGGAGGARCUUAAAAGAGACACAGAGGAUUUUGGUUGGAAGUUUGGGGCGGUCUUUGGUCGCUCCGGGGCGUUCCCGACAGAGUGCGUCCAUCCCGUUGCUCCUCCUGACUUUCUGUCACUGCCGCUGGACCGAAAGGCGGAGCCUCGAGGCGGAGCGGACCAGUUCGCCGUGUCGUCGGCUGUUGCCGUGGCCGUGGCGUCCACCAUGGCUGCGCACGAGAUAGAUUACACCAUCGAGAGUGUUUCAUUUGAUGGCUUUUCUGAUGGAGAGCUGGAUGAGAGGGCCCUGCAGGACACUAAAUAUGACAUGUUGGAGUUCGCCAGGAAAUACUUCAGACAGGCGUCCGGUGGAAAGGGAGAUUCCCUGAAGAGCAAAAGCAAGAAUAGAGACUCCAGGGAGCCGGCUGAGAUGAUCAAGUUCUCUAAGACUCCUCUGACUGAGUCUCUGAUAGAGUUCACAGACUCAGCCAUGAACAGAGUGGCUGCUGAUCUCUUCCUGUCUAUCAUGCGUUUCAUGGGUGACUCUUCACUAAGAGGUCUGACAGAACAGGAAGUGGUCGGCACAUUCCUCAAGCUGAUAGGCGAGUUCACCUUGAUGAGAGAUGAGGCUUACUGCCAGCUCCUUAAACAGCUUACAGCCAACACCAGCUCUAAACCUGAUAGCUGCCAGCGAGGAUGGAGGCUGCUGUACGUCCUCACUGCCUUCCACCGCUGCUCUGAAGUCCUCAAGCCUUUCCUGCUCAAAUACCUGCAGCAGGCCUCUCGCAGCGCAGGGACACAAUAUCAGGGUAUAGCUAAAGCUUGUGAGCAGAAUCUGAAGAAGACGUUUCAGUAUGGAGGUCGCACUGUUCCACCCAACAGCAUGGAGCUGAAAGCUAUGAUGGCGGGACGAAGUUCGAAGCGUCAGCUAUUUCUCUUCCCUGGAGGCAUUGAACGCCAUGCCAAGAUCAAAACAUGUUCUGUUGCCCUGGAGGUGAUCGAGGAGUUGUGUUAUGAGAUGGGUUUACACACAAUUGAGGCCAUGGAAGAAUACGCCAUAUUCCUAGUGACCAACAGAGGUCAGAAUGUGCGACCCCUGAACAAGAACGAGUACAUCCUGGACGUGGCGACGGAGGCCGAGUUAGUCGACGCCAACUACAGCCUCUGGUUCCGACGGGUGGUCUGGACUCAGCCGUUAAAAUUUGAGAACGAGCUCUGUGUCGCCAUGCAGUACAACCAGAUUCUUCCUGACUACCGCAAAGGUCUGCUGAAUGUGCUUUCACAUGGAAAAGUGAGCGACCAACAGUUCCACCAAAUCUCCAAGCUGGCUGCUUUACAGCAGAGAGCCAAAGACAUCGUCUUCACCCCCAGCAUACAUGAAUUAUCCGAGUACAUCGCCGCACCUCUCUUCAAAAAGCAGCCACCGCAGCAGUGGGUGACCAUGGUGACGCAGCACAUGCAGCAAGUGCAGCCCCUGAACCCGCAUCAGGCCCGAGCUCAGUUUCUGGGAUUGGUCAGUGCCUUUCCAAUGUUUGGCUCCUCGUUCUUCUACAUCCACAGCAGCAGCUCCACCACCUUCUUCGCCCCCUGUAUUCUUGCUGUCAAUCAACGGGGUCUCCACUUUCUGCACAAAAAUACACAUGAGCUGAUGACAGUGGUCCCCCUGGUGGAGGUGCAAUCUACUCGCACCCAGAGGCCCUCUGCUGGAACCAGUUACCCAUAUGUGGACCUCACUUUUGGAGAUAUGAACGCACAGCGGGUCAUUCAGCUGCAGCUGGAGCAGGGCCUGGAGCUGUGUCGAGUCAUCGCCAUGCAGGUAGAAAAYAUGAUGUCGGUGCGGGAAAAGAGGCUCGCCCUGCCACCCAGUGAAAUCACCGUGCUGUGACAAGKGUUCUGCAACUUUCGUGAACAUUUCCUGCACAAUACGUUAAAUCAGUCUACCUCCUCUCACCUUCAGGUGUUUCAKAUAGCUCACACACAUAAAUUAUAAAUCUGCAUUUUUCCUGUUCCACUCAAAGUUUUGAUGGCUGCACGUGUUGUUGAACUGUUUAAUAAAUCUGAAGCACUUUUUCUGCACAGAAUUUGUUAAACUCCAAGCAAUCAUCUUUGUUUUUACUAUUCCAAAGUUUUAUAACCAAUCUGUACUGUUUUAAUACUUUUUUAUUAUAAUGUUGAACUGUAAAUUUUGAUAUGUAAACAAUGCCUUUAUUUAACAUAGUUUUUAAAGUAUAGUUUAUUAUAAUAAAUGUAAAUAUUUUAAAA